GUAUCACAGAAUUACCAUAACCCACAAACACUUAUUAACUUUGUUUACUACUUUGUAUCUUUUAGCAUUUUUCACCUGAGAUUGAAAUAAUUAUUCAUGAAAAGUAAUCGCUAAAGAUACAAAACUGCCGGCCAUAAAAGGAUACAAACGCACCUUCACCAGCAUGGGUGGCUGUAGGUGCUCGUACAAAUCAUGCAGAAACACGACCAAAACUUCACAGAACAUACAUUUCUUUCACUAUCCUGUGAAACAGAAGGAACGAUGCAAAGCCUGGAUUAACAAGGCUUGUAAACCAAGUUUUUUCGAUUUGGAUGAAUACCAGCUCAGAAAUAAAGUAGUUUGUGAGGUGCAUUUUGCAGAUAAUUGUUUUUUGAAUGCUGAAAAGAAAAGAUUAUUGGCACAAGCAAUUCCUACAUUAGAUGGAGACUUCUUAUAUGAUGAACCAGCACCUACUUUUAUUCAUUCAAAUAUUGACAAGGUGAAACCUAGCAUGAAUUCACCGAAAAUGGAAGAUAUUCAAGUACUACCUGCAAAUGAAGAUGGAACAGUGUUUGUUCUAGAUACAUAUCCUUCAUAUAAGGUUAAUAAAGAGGUGAAAUCUUACAUUUUAAAUGAUGAUGCACUAUUUCCCAUCGAAAAGAAGGAUCAUGGUGUUUCUAGAAUCAAACAAGAACCGGAGUAUCAGGAUCAAGAAGAGUACAUAUUAGGAGAUAACAAUGAAUUUUCAGUUAUUCAAAAUAGUAGUACCCCUAUGAGAAAGAUACCUGCCCCUCUUCUCAAACAGGGGAAGCCUAAUUAUGAAAUCCUGAAUACCAAUGAUUCAGCAUUACGAGUCCCUUCUCCAACUAAAACAAUGAGUACUGAAGCCUUGGAAAGUUUAAUUUGUAAAACGGUGGAAACCAAAUAUCUUCACAAAUUAAAGCAGCAUACGAAGGAUUUGAAUCAGAUAAAGAAAGUUUUGAAGAUGAGCAGACAAAAAAAAAAUUGUUUGAAUAAUAGCUCGGUUUUGAGGUACCUUAAACUAAGGUUACCAGCCAGCCUUCAUACUCUCAUUAGUUUGAGCCUAAAUGAUGAGUACGAACUUAAUGAAGAAGAUGAGAAUUUCUUCAAAAAUCUGCAUGAUUCAUCGUCUAAAACCUAUCAAUUUUUAUCAGAUGAUUGCGGCUGGAGGAUGCCUAUCAUCGAAAUACAUGAAGGGGAUCCAGAAUUGGUAGAAGAAAAUUAGAGAUAUACAUUUGAUUGAGAAUUUUAAAUAAAAUUAAUAUGAAAGUUAUUAUAUUUUAGUAUUUCAGUUUGUGUAAUUGUGUUUGUUGACAACAAAUGUUUUAUAUGUAACACUAGUUUCUUAAUAAAUAAUAGGUUUUAGCUCUUGAAAAAU